AUGCUGCGCCGUGUGGCUGACGGAUCAGACUCCAGCGCGGCAUCUAUGGAGGACCGUAGCGGCGACCGUCGCAAAUCGCACUCUUCUUCCAUCAGCAAGAAAGAACGCGCUUUGAAGACCUCUGGAAGAUUAGCCUGUGAUAUUUGUAGAGAACGAAAGGUCCGCUGUGACCGGGGGGAUCCCAAAUGUGGCCGUUGUGCGCGGCUUGGCUACGACUGCAGCUAUACGGGACGGAAGCGAUAUCGUGCAGCUCAAGCGGACAUGCCACGCCAAUUAUCUGAAUUACAGAACCGACUAGAAGCCCUAUUGCGGACAACACCCUCGACAACAUCCACUGCUACCACCGCUCAGCCGCUUACCCCCCAUGUAGACGUAUCCUGGCCAUUGAUGACGCCUUCAGAGCGGCUAGGUGACCAUGAACGGCUAAUGCAGCAGCUCCAGCGCCAUGUCACCCCACAAAUUGAUCGUGCGUUUGAGGGAUGUGACAUGUUAGCAAACCUGACGGGGGAUAUUCCCGAUUUUUGGGGAGUAAUGGAUCCAACUCUGACUCCUGAUGCUCUUCCAAUCCUGUCGGGUGAUACUCACCUUCCAAAUCCAUUCGAGAGUGGCUAUCUCCCUACUGGGAGCGGUAGCUCUGUUCCUUCUGCUUUCGAAAGCUCUCUCUUCUCCUCAACCCAUGAGCUAGAGGAACCCAUCCCACUGUCCGAUCUUGCCGUCCUACACCAUAAAUACUUCGAUGUUUUCUAUCCUGUUUUACCAAUCUUAAAUCCAUCGCGAUUUCACCGAGAAUGGACCCAUGAUCCAGGCUCCUCCCGUAUUCGGGGCCUAAGUUACGCUGUGGCCCUGAUCGGCGCAACGAUCACCCCAGAAUACGUCCAUCUACAAUCACCUUGCUACAACAAUGCGCGCAAAUACAUCGAACUCUGUGAGCGCGACGACGACGAAACGUAUAUUAUGAGUCUAAAUUCUUUUCAAGCGUUAUUAUUCAUUGUUCGCUACGAAUUGACCAAAAAGCACUUUGUCCGCGCUUGGAUGACCCUCGGCCGCGCUGUUACACUGGCUCAAAUCCUCAACCUGCAUCACAUAGAUAGCGGCGACGCAGCUCAACAGCAGCGCACAGGGCCUGAGCAGGAUGCCACCGAAAUAGGAUUAGCCAGCGUCACACGCGAUCCGGCCUCGCUGGAGGAGAUUCGUCGUUCUUUCUGGUCCUUAUACAUAUUCGAGAGCUAUGGGAGCGUUCGCAUUGGUCGACCUUGCACUCUAGACGAGGACAACUUGUAUAUCUUUCUUCCGUCCCCUGGUGAACUCAACGAGACAUUUCUGCCUAGCCCGAUGCCCUUUAUCAGCGACCCUACAAAACUUGCUGGGGUCGGUUACUUGACCUCCUAUGCCGCGGUGACCGUCAUGGUUAAGCUUGCUCGCCUGUGCUUUGAGCACGUUAGUAUUCUCUCGCGCAGUGUUAGCGACUCGGGAUUCUGGGACCGCCAUUACCGCCUAGUUAAGACAAUUAAUGACUACACCUCCAUCUUCCAACGAUACCUGACUGCUAAAGCCGUCCGUGAAGAUCCGUUAGCGUUUUCACUGCACCUCAAUCUAUGCGCAACACACAUUAACCUCCAUGAGGCAGCGAUACGGAAGGUUGAAGAGCAAGACUUGCCCAAGCUCGUUGCAGCUGAAAGUCGUAAGUGUAGUACCGCCGCAGCCUUUAAGAUUCUCGGAGCCAUUCGCAUGAACUGGCCUGUUCAGCGGUCGGAGCGUGAUCACUUCACGCUCCAGGCGACGUUCAUUGGCUGGCCCAUUUCUAUGAGCCUAAUUGCCCUAAGUCGCAGUCUAGCCAAUGGUGACACGACUCCUAUCGGUAUCGUUGACUCCCUGCGCUUGCUACGCGCCGCUCUGGACCGUGUUGAGGAGCCUGAUGGGUAUUGGCACCAAGCAAGCAGUGCUGCGGUGACUGCCUUGGCGAAAUGGGAUGAAUCACAACACGAGUCCCGUUCCGGGGAAUGAUCCAAUGUUCCUUGAUUUGCGUUGAGUGGGCUAUGUUACCCGUGGAUAUGGCUCCAUGGUCUUCCCUUUGACCGAGCAUAACCCAAGCUUAAAUGGGCAGACCUCAAGAUUCCUCUGAUCGAGGAUCACAGAAAAAGCGCACUGACAACAACGGGACCUAAGAUUUGCAUUCAGAUUUCACAU